AUGUCUGCUCACCUCGUCAAGAAUAGCACCACCAACCAUACUGUUGAGGACAACCUUGAAUCAAGCCUUUAUGUCGUUCUGUGGACGGCUUUGAUGUACAAGGAGAGCUACAUGAGCAUUGUUGACCGGACACAAUUUAUAAUGCAGGUCUUCGACACUGAUCCGCUGCGGGGGUCUGAAGGAUUUGUGAAAUCGAAUUGGCUCGUCGCGAGAACCUACUUCCCACAGGAUAUAUUUGUUGGCUGCAAGCCGCUUGACAAUGUUGUCCUUGAACUUGCUCAAUUCUUCUCGCAUAGGUACUUCACGGUCCCCCUUGAUGAGCAGGAGUCACUUGCACAAUUGCAGCUCUCAUUGAAGGAUGCUUUAGCCAAAGGGGGGCAUGUACGCACGGCUGGACAUCAAAAGAUGAUAGAUGUCAUACAAAGCUUCAUGUGGGAGUCGCCUGCUUACAAGAAGGAGAUGGGUAUGAAGCUCCUGCACUUACACGACCCUGUCAUCAAGAUUUACAACAAGCACCUUGAGUCAUUCGGUUGGCCUGAUCAAGACACAGCCACACUGCAAGCACUGCAUCCGAGCGAGAAGGCAGCUGGGUGUCACAUGUACACGAAGUUGCUAUGCAUCUCACAGGACGUGACGCCAGUACGGGUGCAAGUCACACCAACUGGCAAGAAAUGUAGGCUAGAUCCUGAGGAUAGUGACGAGAUCCUCAGUUUGGUGGUUGGCUUAGAUGACCUUUUGUCCUUUACCCAAUGA